UUUUGAAUCAGAGUUCACCUAUAGAGAAGGCAGUAGACCGGUUUACCUAUAGAGACGUCUCCUCCAGCGCUACCGAUCUCCACUUGUGCACCGAUCUCGCAUUGCGACCAUGUCGGCUCACAAGACGUUUAAAGUCAAGCAGAAGUUAGCGAAAAAGCUAAAGCAGAACAGGCCCAUCCCGCAAUGGAUCAGGAUGAGGACUGGAAACACCAUUAGGUACAAUGCCAAGAGGCGUCACUGGAGGCGUACCAAAUUGAAGUUGUAGAGUGAUCUGCUUUACCCUCAUCUUUUCUCUUCUUUUUUAUUAUAACCAUUGUAAUGGUGUUCUAAGUUAGGGACAAUAAACAGCUUGUUUUAAACGAA